AUGUCCGAACCCGUCACGCAGCAGAACGCGUCCCAGCAGAAGAAGGACGAAAGUAACAAUAACAGUAACAGGCGCCCGUCGAGUGGUCAGGGCGGUCGUGGCGGCGGCGGCGGCGGCCAACGCCGGAACCCGUCGAUCUCGCGCGGCGGCUCGAACGCCAACGGCGGCGGAUCGCGCGGCGGAGGGCCCCGGCCGUCGUCUCGCAACAACAACGACAAGCGCUCGUCGCCCAACCCGCCCGCCGCCGAGCUCUCGGACUCGGGCUCGGCCCGCAACAUCCAGCGCUCGUCCUCGGCCGGCGGUCGCGGUCGCGGCGGAGCCCAGGGCGCCCGCGGCGGCCCGCCCGCCCGCAAGUCGUCGACGUCGGCCGGGAACCCGCGCCAGAACUCUGGCGGCAACGCUCCCGGCGGUGGAUCCAGCAAGCCGGCGUCUGACCCGAACGAGGCGAUGAACAGCCUCCAGCGCAUGAUCAACGAUCUCAAGACCACUUCGGGCAACGAUCAGCAGCCCCAGCAGCAGCAGCAGGCUCAGCACUCCAACCUGCCCAUCAACGCCCCCGUCUUCCAGCCCGGUGCGGCCGCUUAUCCGCCCAAUCAGGCCGAGCAGCCUCCCCGCCACCGCAAGGCAGCCUCGCUCGGCAACCAGGCCCCGCAGGCCGGCUUCAACAACUCGUUUGCCCCGGGCCUCGGCUCCAUGAUGGAAGGUGACGAGGACGGGCACGGGUACGAAGAGGGCGAGAUCCGCGAACAGCAGUUCCACCAGCAACAGGGCCAUCAUCCUCGUGCCCAGUCUCAGAGCUUCGUUGCACCCCGCUUCGCCGCGCUCGCUCAGGCUCAGGAGCAGCAGCAGGAUCUCAGCAACCUCGGAGGCCGCCCUCAGCUCGCCCCGGGUUUCACCUUCGGUGCUCGCCGCACCCAGCGUCAGCCCUCGUCUAACCUCGGCCCUGCGAUUAGCGAAGAAGACGCCGGCUUCCAGUUUCCUCAGCAGCAGGGUGGUAUGGCCGCUGCCUUCGGCGGCGAUCAGCACAACUCGCAUCGUCGCAGCGAGAGCAACGGCGAGAUCCGCGGCGUCAUGGCGGAGCAGAUCGCCAUUCAGGAGCAGAUCGAGGCUCUCCAGCGUCAGCAAGCCGCCCUUUACCAGCAGCAGCUCGCAUCGAACCAGGUCCUGUCCUUCCAGACUCCUGGGCUAGCUCCGCCUCGUGCGGGUGGUCAUCGCCGCGUGCAGAGCACUGCUCCCAUGGGCAUGGCUGGCCCCGCUGCCGCCGCUCAGCAGGGUCUGAUGGGCCAGCUCGGUCUCGCGGGUAUGGGCGUCGGCCUCGACGGACAGCCCCAGGGUAUACCGCGCGGUCAUGGUCGCCGCCACAGCGUCAAUGUCAUCAACAAGUCGAAUAGUCAGCCCGGCGGCUUCGGUAGCAUCAGUGGCUUCGACAGCUUCGAUGACGGCUUCAUGCCUCCCGCUGCUCUCGGCGGCCAUUCUCGUCAGGCCUCGCGGGCCGACGGCGGCUGGCACGGUGGUGCUCCUAUGGGCGGUACUGCCUUCACCGCUGAUCUCGCGCAGGCUCAGGCACAGCUUCAGAGUCUCCAGCAGUUCCGCCAGGCCGCGGGCGGCCACCACCAGAAGAUGGCCUCUUUCAGUUUCCCGAACAUGUUGCCGAACAUGAUGGCCGCCAACAUGAUGGGGCUUGGACUCGGUGGAAUGAACAUUCUCCAGCAGCAGCAGCAGCAGUUCCAGUCACAGCUUCAGCAGCAGAGCAACCAGCCCCAGCGCAAGUCGCUUUUCGCUCCCUACCUUCCUCAGGCUUCGCUCCCGCCUCUGCUUGCCACUGGAAAGCUUGUCGUCGGCAUUCUCCGUGUCAACAAGCGCAACCGCUCCGACGCAUACGUCGCGACCGAGGUCCUCGACGCGGACAUCUACAUCUGCGGUUCCAAGGACCGCAACCGCGCUCUCGAGGGCGAUAUUGUUGCCGUCGAACUCCUUGAUGUGGACGAAGUUUGGGGCACAAAGAAGGAGAAGGAGGAGAAGAAGCGCAAGAAGGAGGAGAACACUGCGUACGAGAGCGUGCGCUCGACCACCGGCCGCAAGAACGACAAGAAAAAGGACGAUGUCGAGGUUGAGGGCCAGGGUCUUAUGCUUUUCGAGGAUGAGGAGGUUACAGACGAGAUCAAGCCCCAGUUCGCCGGUCACGUCGUCGCCGUUGUCGAGCGCAUGCCUGGCCAGCUGUUCAGUGGUACUCUGGGUCUUCUUCGCCCAUCGUCUGCGGCGACCAAGGAGAAGCAGGAGGCUGAGCGCCGCGAGCGCGAGGGUGACAGGGGCGACGAGCCCCGCCGCCAGAUCGAGCGCCCUAAGAUCGUCUGGUUCAAGCCCACGGACAAGCGUGUACCGCUCAUCGCCAUACCUACCGAGCAGGCGCCGCCCGACUUCGUGCAGAACUCUGAGGCAUACGCCAACAAGCUUUUCGUCGCGUGCAUCAAACGUCACCCGAUCAGCUCCCUGCACCCCUUCGGUACUCUAGUUGAGGAGCUUGGCCCCAUCGGCGACGUCGAGGUUGAGACCAGCGCGCUGCUCAAGGACUGCAACUUCCCGACCGAGGACUUCGCGGAAAGCGUUAUGAAGUGUCUCCCGCCGAUGCCGUGGACUAUUCCAGAGCGCGAGUUCGAAGUUCGCAAGGAUCUUCGCGGCGAGCGUCUUUUCACCAUCGACCCUGAAACGGCCAAAGACCUCGACGACGCGCUUUCGAUCAAGCUCAACGAGGACGGAACGUAUGACGUCGGUGUUCACAUUGCGGACGUCUCGUAUUUCGUCAAGCCCAAUACCGCUCUUGACCGCGAUGCCCGCAAACGCGCUACAAGUGUGUACCUUGUGCAGCGUGCUGUCCCGAUGCUCCCGCCAUCCCUCAGCGAGGAUCUCUGCUCGCUCGUGCCGGCCGUAGAGCGUCUCGCAUUUUCAGCCGUGUUCACCAUGACAAAGGAUGCGCGCAUUCUGAAGAAGUGGUUCGGCAAGACGAUUAUCAAGAGCGCCGCUAAGCUGUCAUACUCGAACGCACAGAACAUACUCGACGGCAAGCCGCUCGGCGACGUACCUGUUAUCCCGGAGCAUGACGCUGCUGGUAUCGAGCACGAUGUCAAGGCGCUCAACGACCUAGCCAAGAUCCUCCGCUCCCGCCGUUUCCAGAAUGGCGCGCUCAGCCUUGACUCUCCUCGACUCAAGUUCACCCUCAACGAGGCUGGCCAGCCUGUUGACUGUGGUGCAUACGAGCGCUUCGAGGCCAAUGACCUCAUCGAGGAGUUCAUGUUGCUUGCCAACAUCAGCGUCGCUCAGCAGAUAGCCGUUGCCCUCCCCGAACAGGCGCUUCUCCGCCGCCAUGACUCGCCCAUUGAGCGCCGUCUUAAUACACUCGUCGAGCGCGCUCAGCGUCUUGGUCUCGAGUUUGACGUCUCCUCGUCCGGCGCGCUCAUGCAAUCCUUCUCGUCGAUCUCCGACCCGGCCGCCAGGCGCCUCAUGGAACUUAUCUCAUACAAGGCCACCCACCGUGCAAAGUACUUCUGCGCUGGCAUGCUCGACAUCGCCAAAUACAACCACUUCGCGCUCAACGUUCCGCUGUACACACACUUCACUAGCCCUAUCCGUCGUUACGCCGAUGUCAUCGUUCAUCGUCAACUCGAGAGUGUGCUUCAGGGUGGUGACGUCAAGUUCGCGAUGGAUCGUGACGCGGUUGCCAAGGUCACUCAGCAAUGCAACAUCAAGACGGACAGCGCUCGUCUCGCGCAGGAGCAAAGCACUCAUCUGUUCCUCUGCUUGAUGAUAGCGGAUCUCACGACGCGCUUCGGCCCUGUCGUGCGCGAGGCCAAGGUUAUCAACGUCCUCGAUGCAGCAUUUGACGUCUACGUCCCUGAGUUUGGUAUCGAGAAGCGCGUGCACGUCGACCAGAUGCCGAUCGACAAUCAUGUGUUUGACGAGCACUCGCACUCGCUCCAGAUCUACUGGUCCAACCGCGACGUCAUCACCUGGCUUGCGGAGAACAGCGAUGACGAGCACUUGAAGAAGGUCAAGGAGAAUGCGGAACAUCACACGCGCAUGAUGCAGGUCGCCAGCCGCGGUGUGCAGGACGAGGCGGCGCUGUUCGACGAGGACGACGGCGAGGAUGAGGUUGUGCUCGAGCGCGAACCCAGGGCGGACAAGUGGGACGCUGAUAGCAAGCAGCGCCAGCGCUCCAAGGCGAAGGUCAUGCCGCCAUUCGAGGGCCUCAAGACGACGCCGUCGGGUCAUAAGAUUCAGGAGAUUAAGGAACUCAUGACCGUGCCGGUCAUCGUCACUGCCGACUUGUCCAAGUCGCCGCCGGUCAUCAAGGUAUACAGCGUCAACCCUUACGCCGACCAGCAGCAAAAGUGA